CUUUCUGUGGCCUACUCUGUGACCUCUUCACCCCCACCCCUAACAUGCACAGCGCUUCCUACUGCCCCUCACCCCUCCAAUUCUAUGUGAAAGAACUAUAUUCCCAACCCCUAUUGCCUAAAAUGUGACUUUUGACCCUCGAACUCAUGACCCAAACUGUGACUUUCAAAUCUCAUAGCUCAAAACCAUGAUUUCAUGACCCUUACUCCCAUUGCCUAUCCAAGGAUCCUCAACCCCAUAACCUAAAAAUUAACCUUUGACCUCACAUCCAAUAACCCCAAACUCUGACCUCUUAUUUGCAAUGACCUUAUAUGACCCAAACCAUAAUCUUGAGCUUAGACCAUUCUAUGGUUCAAACACUCCUUUGGCUGACCUUUAGCCCUAGAGAUGGGUUUGGGAGGGGAUAAGUUUACCCUUUCCUUUUUUUUCUUUCUUUCUUUCCUUCCUUCCUUUCUUUCUUUCUUUCUUUUCUUUUUCUUUUUUUUUUGCAGGGCAAUGAGGGUUAAAUGACUUGCCCAGGGUCACACAGCUACUUUUGUGCAGGUGUAAACAUUGGGGGCGCAGGCUCUUACAUCUAUGAGAAACCUCAGUCAGAGGAGGUUCCUGUCACUGGCCCUGUUGAGCACCCAGUUCGAGUAGAGGAUCGAAAGGCCAGUGGCCCCUCAAGAGGGCCCAGCAAAGCAUCCAGUGUCACAACCUUCACUGGGGAGCCCAACAUGUGUCCUCGAUGUAACAAGAGGGUCUAUUUUGCUGAGAAGGUGACAUCACUGGGAAAGGAUUGGCACCGGCCUUGCCUUCGCUGUGAGCGUUGUGGAAAGACACUGACACCUGGUGGACAUGCGGAGCAUGAUGGACAACCAUAUUGCCAUAAACCUUGCUAUGGAAUUCUCUUUGGACCAAAAGGAGUGAACACUGGGGCAGUAGGGAGCUACAUCUAUGACAAAGACCCUGAAGUUAAAGACCAGCCCUAGGGGGUCCUGACCCUCCCACGUGAUGGCCAGCCUACUAUUCCCAACUCUUCUAGGGGAGUAAGCACUCCCCUACUAUUUCCUGCACAAGAAGUUUAGUUCUGAGGGGGUGUGAAUAAUUUGGCUCAGCUUUGUAUGUAAGUGUGAGGGGGCAUUCUCGAGGAUUCCCCAGUAUUAUUGAGAUCUGCCUGGGUGUCCUCCACCCCCAUUAUUAUUGUGUCUACUACUUCUCUUUUUCCCUUUCAGUCUGUUUUGGUUUACUUCCUCAUCUCUUUAGCCACCUUUCUUGAGCUCCCACCCCUGCCCCCUUUCUGUUUCCAUUAUUCCUUUUUUCUCAUUCUCUGUCUCUAAGAGGCUGUAGGUCCUCCUAUGUAUCUCCCCUCUCCUUCCCCCAGCUUCUUAUAUUCCAUGUUUAUUUAUGAAAGGAUAUGAGUCCUGCUUUGGCUAAAGACAAACCCUCUGUCCCACACAGUGUUACUGAGCAGCCUGGGGCAGUGUCCCCCCCACCGCCCCCAGGAGCCCUUCUGCCCUCAUUUCCCCUUAAUGCACCACAGGCCUUAUGGCCUGACCACUUAUACCUUCACAUUUAACCAGACACUAAGGCUGCUUUGACUUUUGCUAUUAAUAAAAGUUUUGAGAAUCAAA